GCGCGCGGAGAGGAGUUCGUGGAGGGGAGGAAACCGUUAAAUUAACGGGUCUCGUUUGUCCACUGCGCGUGCGCGCGGGGAAGGGUCAGAGAAAUUUGAAGAAAAGAGAAAAAAAAUGGCAAGUAAUCACAAGCCUCCUACAGCCCGCCCGUCUUCAAGAACAGGGCUAGGCCUGGGAGCCAGACCGCCCUCAUCCUCACUACGGCCUCCAUCCGCAGCUCUACUUGGAGGAGGAAUCCCUCCAGGAACAUCAAGACCUGGUACACGUGGUGGAUCCAUAGGUACUGGUGUGGUUUUGUCCUCCCAGAUUAAGGUUGCAGACCGUCCAGUGACACAACAAGGGCUGAGUGGAAUGAAAACUGGAAUGAAAGGUCCACAGAGACAAAUUAUGGAUAAAUCCUAUUACCUGGGAGUGCUCAGGAGCAAAAUAAAUGAACUAACCACAGAAAUUAACAAGCUUCAGAAAGAAAUCGACAUGUAUAAUCAGGAGAAUUCUGUCUACCUAUCAUAUGAAAAAAGGGCAGAGGCUUUAGCUAGUGAGAUCAAAGAGUUUCAAGGAGAACUAGCUGAUUACAAUAUGCUGGUGGAUAAACUUAAUACCAAUACCGAUAUGGAGGAAGUAAUGAAUGACUAUAACCUGUUGAAGGCUCAAAAUGACCGUGAAGCUCAGGGCAUAGACAUCAUUUUUACAGAAAGACAAGCCAAAGAAAAUCUCAUUCAAGCUGUGGAGGAUGACAUCCAGCAGGAAAAGCAGGUGGCGGAAAACAUAGUCAAAAAUAUGUCUGAAGAGGAUCAAGCUAAAUACAUGGAGACAAAAGUGGCAAAUGAAAAGCUCUUGCAGGAAUUGUGUGCUUUACAGCAAGAACUGGAUGCUGCGAAUAUAAAAGAACAAUCUCUAGAUGCUGAAAUAGCACACUCCCAGGUUAAACAGGAGGCUCUGCAGCUGUAUGAAAAGCUUCAUGGCCUUGAGGAACACCGGAAUCAAAUGAUUGCAGAGGACAAAAGUAUGGGCUCUCCACAGGAGGAGAGAGAGAGAUUGCUAAAACAGGUGAAGGAAGACAACCAAGAAAUAGCAAGCAUGGAGAGACAGCUGACAGACAUAAAAGAAAAAAUCAACCAACUUAACGAAGGAAUACGGCAGCUUGACAUGGAUUUAGAGGAGCAGCAAGGUGAGAAGAAUCUGAAAUACAAGGAGUUGAAGAAAAGAGAAGAAAGCAUGGACAACUUUCUUGAAUCUUUUGAAGAGGCAAAGAACCAGGAACUAGAACGGAAAACACAGAUAGAGGCCAGUAUUGUGGCAAUUUUGGAGCAUUCAAGCAGGAAUGUAAAUCGCAUGAAGCAGAUAUCUUCUGUAACAAACCAAGAGCUGAAGAUCAUGCAGGAAGAUCUCACUUUCAAGUCAAGUGAAAUGCAGAAAUCACAGAGUACUGCGAAAAACCUGGGAACAGAUAGCCAGCGUCUGCGGAUGGACCUCCAGAAAAUGGGCCUGCUGGAAGGCAAGAUGGUCGAUGAACUGACUUCUCUCAAAGAAAAAAUAGAGCAAAUGACCAAAGACCUGGAACUUUACAACAAUCUGCCAGCUCUGAAAGCAGCAGGAGAAGAAAAGAAAAAGAAACUGCAAGAAGAGAAAGAAACACUAACGAAGCGCAGGAAUGCUUUCAAGAAAACUAUGGAGCAUCUGAAUAGAGAAUAUGAAAGCUUGAAGUUGCAGUUGCAGGAGAACGAGACACAUUCACAGCUUACGAAUUUGGAAAGGAAAUGGCAACACCAUGAACAAAAUAACUUUGUCAUGAAAGAAUUUAUAGCCACGAAAAGCCAGGAAAGUGAUUACCGGCCUAUAAUGAAGAAUGUGACAAAGCAGAUUGCAGAAUAUAACAAAACUCUUAUUGAAGCUUUACAGAGCAGCAGGACCUGAACGUAGGCACUUCCUUCUCAUGUCCGUGGACCAGUGACAAGAAUUCUUUAUAGUGCUACACACUCCCCCAGUACACAACAGCAAUAUCUAUGCGCAUGUUUCAUUCUGGCUAGUUAACAACAACCAGGAAUUGGUUUCUUCAAAAUUAACUUCGCUGGAUUUAGUCCUCUAUUCUCAGCCAAUGGUCUAUUGAAAACAAUGUAAUUUACAUCAUUUUGGCCUUAAAGUUAAGAAAAUAAUUCUACCCAUCUUAUUUUAAGAAUUUUUAAUAAGGGGAGAGGAGUGAAUUGUAGGUAUGAAAUGAGAUAUGUAACAAUAAAUAAUUU